AUGGCCCGUGAACGACCAGGACGCGCUGCGAAGCAGAGGAUCGAUUACAAUCUCAACACCCUGUCCAAGAAAUCCGCUCAGAAGGUCGAUGAAGACACCCCUGCGCCCAGAAAAGCCGCACCUAAGAAACGGGCUGCAGCCAAGAAGGCUCCAGCACCCAGGGGCAAGGGCAAAGACAACCCCGCCACUACCCCGGCAGCAAACAUUAGUAAAGCCCGCAAGUCCAGAGCCACAGCUAGAGGCAAAGACAAGGGAAAAGAGCAAAGCGAGCCAGCAGAACAGGCUGAUAGUCCUCUCUCUCCUGAAUUGACCGGCGCUCAGUUGAAGCACAUGGCCAAUGACCUGAAGAAUAAGAAGAAGUCGAAGCCCCCGCCGAAGCCUAAGGCGCAGGAAAAGAAGAAAGAUAAGUUCAAGAGUGUGGCUGAGGGAAGGGUUGAGAAGAAGAGGGAAAUGGCGACGAAGACGGCAGUUAAGACGGCUGCGGGUACGAAGGAGCCAAAGAAGACAAAGCCGAAGAAGAGAAGCAAGAAGGUGGUCUAUGAGAAUGAGGACGAGGAUGAGGACGAGGACGAGGAUGUGUGA